AUGGGGACGGUUCUCAAAGGAGGCCAAGGGACACCCAGCCCUACGCAGCUAAGUGAACCAGUCAACGACAAAAUACGGACAUCCCCAGCAUGCGACUGGUUAGACAAUAGAACAACACCAGCGAGCUUCAACUACCAGUUCUUCCCGACCGAGAUCGACAUGACCGAAAUCCACUUCCGCGUCAAAGCAAGCCAGAACGCGUACAUCGGUCUGAGCAACACGAGCAGCGAGCAGCCGGUCAUGUACGAGCUGGUGUUCGGCACCGUGAACAACAAGUACUCGUUCAUCCGACGGUGUCCGGCCACGAACUGCCCGAAGGCCCUCGAGAAGGUGUACACCAAUAACAUCUUGAGCACGACCGAGUACCGAGGAUUCUGGUUCACUUACAACUAUCCGACAGGGAGAUUGGUUGUUGGAAGGGAUGGUCAAGGGUCAUUCAUGAGCUGGUCUGACCCUUCACCCCUUGACGUCAGAUACAUGGGUUACAGCACUGGGAGUGCCAGCACAGGGGAGUUUCAGUUUUGCAACUACACCAACGACUGUAGUCCAGAUCCAUGUCUGAACGGAGCAACUUGUGUGGAUGGCGUGAACAGCUUUACAUGUACGUGUGUUGCCGGCUACAUGGGAACCAACUGUGAAACAGAUAUCGAUGACUGCAGUCCAGAUCCAUGUCUAAAUGGAGCAACUUGUGUGGAUGGCGUAAACAGCUUCACCUGUACGUGUGUUGCAGGCUACAUGGGAACCAACUGUGAAACAGAUAUCGAUGACUGUAGUCCAGAUCCAUGUCUAAACGGAGCAACUUGUGUGGAUGGCGUUAACAGCUUCACGUGUACUUGUGUUGCAGGCUACAUGGGAACAAAUUGUGAAACAGAUAUCGAUGACUGUAGUCCAGAUCCAUGUCUAAAUGGAGCAACUUGUGUGGAUGGCGUGAACAGCUUUACAUGUACGUGUGUUGCCGGCUACAUGGGAACUAACUGUGAAACAGAUAUCGAUGACUGUAGUACAGAUCCAUGUCUAAACGGAGCAACUUGUGUUGAUGGCGUGAACAGCUUUACCUGUACCUGUGCUCCCGGCUACAUGGGAACCAACUGUGAAACAGAUAUCGAUGACUGUAGUCCAGAUCCAUGUCUUAACGGAGCAACUUGUGUGGAUGGCGUGAACAGCUUUACAUGUACGUGUGUUGCCGGCUACAUUGGAAUUAACUGUGAAACAGAUAUCGAUGACUGCAGUCCAGAUCCAUGUCUAAAUGGAGCAACUUGUGUGGAUGGCGUGAACAGCAUUACCUGUACUUGUGUUGCAGGCUACAUGGGAACCAAUUGUGAAACAGAUAUCGAUGACUGUAGUCCAGAUCCAUGUCUAAACGGAGCAACUUGUAUUGAUGGCGUAAACAGCUUUACCUGUUCGUGUGCUCCCGGCUACAUGGGAACCAACUGUGAAACAGAUAUCGAUGACUGUAGUCCAGAUCCAUGUCUAAACGGAGCAACUUGUGUUGAUGGCGUUAACAGCUUCACGUGUACGUGUGUUGCAGGCUACAUGGGAACCAACUGUGAAACAGAUUUCGAUGACUGUAGUCCAGAUCCAUGUCUAAACGGAGCAAUUUGUGUGGAUGGCGUGAACAGCUUUACCUGUACGUGUGCUCCCGGCUACAUUGGAACCAACUGUGAAACAGAUAUCGAUGACUGCAGUCCAGAUCCAUGUCUAAAUGGAGCAACUUGUAUGGAUGGCGUGAACAGCUUUACCUGUACUUGUGUUGCAGGCUACAUGGGAACCAAUUGUGAAACAGAUAUCGAUGACUGUAGUCCAGAUCCAUGUCUUAACGGAGCAACUUGUGUGGAUGGCGUGAACAGCUUUACAUGUACGUGUGUUGCCGGCUACAUUGGAAUUAACUGUGAAACAGAUAUCGAUGACUGCAGUCCAGAUCCAUGUCUAAAUGGAGCAACUUGUGUGGAUGGCGUGAACAGCUUUACCUGCACUUGUGUUGUAGGCUACAUGGGAACCAACUGUGAAACAGAUAUCGAUGACUGUAGUCCUGAUCUAUGUCUAAACGGAGCAACUUGUGUUGAUGGCGUUAACAGCUUUACCUGUACGUGUGCUCCCGGCUACAUGGGAACCAACUGUGAAACAGAUAUCGAUGACUGUAGUCCAGAUCCAUGUCUAAACGGAGCAAUUUGUGUGGAUGGCGUGAACAGCUUUACCUGUACGUGUGCUCCCGGCUACAUGGGAACCAACUGUGAAACAGAUAUCGAUGACUGUAGUCCAGAUCCAUGUCUAAACGGAGCAAUUUGUGUGGAUGGCGUGAACAGCUUUACCUGUACGUGUGCUCCCGGCUACAUGGGAACCAACUGUGAAACAGAUAUCGAUGACUGUAGUCCUGAUCCAUGUCUAAACGGAGCAAUUUGUGUGGAUGGCGUGAACAGCUUUACCUGUACGUGUGCUCCCGGCUACAUGGGAACCAACUGUGAAACAGAUAUCGAUGACUGUAGUCCAGAUCCAUGUCUAAACGGAGCAACUUGUGUGGAUGGCGUGGACAGCUUUACCUGUACGUGUGUUGCAGGCUAUAUGGGAACCAACUGUGAAGCAGAUAUCGAUGACUGUAGUCCAGAUCCAUGUCUAAAUGGAGCAACUUGUGUGGAUGGCGUGAACAGCUUCACCUGUACGUGUGUUGCAGGCUACAAGGGAACCAACUGUGAAACAGAUAUCGAUGACUGUAGUCCUGAUCCAUGUCUAAACGGAGCAAUUUGUGUGGAUGGCGUGAACAGCUUUACCUGUACGUGUGCUCCUGGCUACAUGGGAACCAACUGUGAAACAGAUAUCGAUGACUGUAGUCCAGAUCCAUGUCUAAACGGAGCAACUUGUGUGGAUGGCGUGGACAGCUUUACCUGUACGUGUGUUGCAGGCUAUAUGGGAACCAACUGUGAAGCAGAUAUCGAUGACUGUAGUCCAGAUCCAUGUCUAAAUGGAGCAACUUGUGUGGAUGGCGUGAACAGCUUCACGUGUACGUGUGUUGCAGGCUACAUGGGAACCAACUGUGAAACAGAUAUCGAUGACUGUAGUCCUGAUCCAUGUCUAAACGGAGCAAUUUGUGUGGAUGGCGUGAACAGCUUUACCUGUACGUGUGCUCCCGGCUACAUUGGAACCAACUGUGAAACAGAUAUCGAUGACUGUAGUCCAGAUCCAUGUCUAAACGGAGCAAUUUGUGUGGAUGGCGUGAACAGCUUUACCUGUACGUGUGCUCCUGGCUACAUGGGAACCAACUGUGAAACAGAUAUCGAUGACUGUAGUCCAGAUCCAUGUCUAAACGGAGCAACUUGUGUUGAUGGCGUUAACAGCUUCACGUGUACGUGUGUUGCAGGUUACAUGGGAACCAACUGUGAAACAGAUAUCGAUGACUGUAGUCCUGAUCCAUGUCUAAACGGAGCAAUUUGUGUGGAUGGCGUGAACAGCUUUACCUGUACGUGUGCUCCCGGCUACAUGGGAACCAACUGUGAAACAGAUAUCGAUGACUGUAGUCCAGAUCCAUGUCUAAACGGAGCAACUUGUGUGGAUGGCGUGGACAGCUUUACCUGUACGUGUGUUGCAGGCUAUAUGGGAACCAACUGUGAAGCAGAUAUCGAUGACUGUAGUCCAGAUCCAUGUCUAAACGGAGCAACUUGUGUUGAUGGCGUUAACAGCUUCACGUGUACGUGUGUUGCAGGCUACAUGGGAACCAACUGUGAAACAGAUAUCGAUGACUGUAGUCCAGAUCCAUGUCUAAACGGAGCAACUUGUGUUGAUGGCGUUAACAGCUUCAUGUGUACGUGUGUUGCAGGUUACAUGGGAACCAACUGUGAAACAGAUAUCGAUGACUGUAGUCCAGAUCCAUGUCUAAACGGAGCAACUUGUGUGGAUGGCGUGAACAGCUUUACCUGUACGUGUGCUCCCGGCUACAUGGGAACCAACUGUGAAACAGAUAUCGAUGACUGUAGUCCAGAUCCAUGUCUAAACGGAGCAACUUGUGUUGAUGGCGUUAACAGCUUCACGUGUACGUGUGUUGCAGGUUACAUGGGAACCAACUGUGAAACAGAUAUCGAUGACUGUAGCCCUGAUCCAUGUCUAAACGGAGCAAUUUGUGUGGAUGGCGUGAACAGCUUUACCUGUACGUGUGCUCCCGGCUACAUGGGAACCAACUGUGAAACAGAUAUCGAUGACUGUAGUCCAGAUCCAUGUCUAAACGGAGCAACUUGUGUGGAUGGCGUGGACAGCUUUACCUGUACGUGUGUUGCAGGCUAUAUGGGAACCAACUGUGAAGCAGAUAUCGAUGACUGUAGUCCAGAUCCAUGUCUAAACGGAGCAACUUGUGUGGAUGGCGUGGACAGCUUUACCUGUACGUGUGUUGCAGGUUACAUGGGAACCAACUGUGAAACAGAUAUCGAUGACUGUAGUCCUGAUCCAUGUCUAAACGGAGCAAUUUGUGUGGAUGGCGUGAACAGCUUUACCUGUACGUGUGCUCCCGGCUACAUGGGAACCAACUGUGAAACAGAUAUCGAUGACUGUAGUCCAGAUCCAUGUCUAAACGGAGCAACUUGUGUGGAUGGCGUGGACAGCUUUACCUGUACGUGUGUUGCAGGCUAUAUGGGAACCAACUGUGAAGCAGAUAUCGAUGACUGUAGUCCAGAUCCAUGUCUAAACGGAGCAACUUGUGUGGAUGGCGUGAACAGCUUCACGUGUACGUGUGUUGCAGGCUACAUGGGAACCAACUGUGAAACAGAUAUCGAUGACUGUAGUCCAGAUCCAUGUCUAAACGGAGCAACUUGUGUGGAUGGCGUGAACAGCUUUACCUGUACGUGUGCUCCCGGCUACAUGGGAACCAACUGUGAAACAGAUAUCGAUGACUGUAUUCCUGAUCCAUGUCUAAACGGAGCAACUUGUGUGGAUGGCGUGAACAGCUUUACCUGUACGUGUGUUGCAGGCUACAUUGGAACCAACUGUGAAACAGAUAUCGAUGACUGUAGUCCUGAUCCAUGUUUGUACGGAGCAACUUGUGUUGAUGGCGUCAACAACUUUACUUGUAUGUGUGCUGCCGACUUUGCAUGA